AUGCCUCGAAACUUCAUACAAAUGAGUGAGUCAGCAAAUAAUUCAAUACAAGAAAUAUCUGUGGUUGAUGUUUAUGACUUAGCAAGUGACAUUGGAAAAGAAUGUGAAAAAAUUAUUGAUGCAUAUGGAACCGACACGGUGAAGUCAUUAAUUCCGAAAUGCAUUACAGCCUUGGAAAUGCUCGAAGCAUUCGCUAGCGAGCGUGAAAUAGUUGCAAGUGAACUGCAGGAUUUAAAUGCUAAAAUUCUUAAAUUAGAGAAUGAAAAGGUUGAACGUUCAGAGUCACGGAAGCGAUUUGAGAAGGAACUUGAAGCAAUCGAAGAAUCAUGGCGAUCAGAGACUCGUGAACUCCUAGAAGCCAUAAGCCGCCUCCAAGAUGAAAAUCGUCGCCUGGAAAAGGAACGAAGUGCAAACACAUCAACACCAUCAGCCAACAAUUCACCAAACAGGACACAAAUUGAAGAUUUUCAUCUGAUUCAAAAGCUCAAAGAGCAAGUCGACAAACAACGAACGGAUAUGAAAAAUAAGGAAAUGGAUAUUGAGGAUAAGAGCUGUGCAAUUGAUGCAAUGAAGUCGGAAAUUGAGAGGCUAAAAAGCACAUCAUGUGAAACUAAAAGGAAAUCAAAAAUAAUGCAAGUACAAGUUAAGACAUUGUGUGAGGAGCGCGCUGAUUUUUUGGCAAAAAUCCAAGAUCAGCACCGGGAAAUGAUAUCAUUAAAGAAGCAACUUGGAAUUGCUGAAAAGGAAAGUGAAGAAUUGAUGUCGCCAGUGGAUGAUGAUGAACACAAACCAAGAUUUACAGUUGCUGAGCUGAAAGAGGUACUGGCUGAGAGGAAUGAACUUAAAAAGAGAGUUAAUGACCUUGAAGAGGAACUGGUUAACUUCCGACCACCACAACCUCCACCGCCAACAGCAACAGCUGAUUUAAAAUCACCAGAAAUUCCAAUUCAACAAUCUUCCAUUAUGACUGAAAGUAUUUACGAUCCAUAUGAUCUUCCUGUACAAGGACCACUUCCACAAGAACCCAGUGAUGCACCAUGGAAAAAGUCAACUCAGUCAUCAGGAAUUAGAAAAUUUUUCCGCAAACUUUUUUCUGAAAACGACACCGCAUUUCCACGAUCAUUUACCAUUUCCACUUUGACAAAAAUGGCGCUUUCGGGACCGCAUAGUGAUAUUAGCAUUUAA